AUGGCCGGGAUCUUGAAUUUCCUGGGCAACCUCUUCUCCGGAGCUACCGAGCAGGAGGAGGAGGAUUCCGAUGGGCCGCCCUCACCAAAGCCUGCUGCUCCCCCUACCAAACCUGGUCAUGUGCAGCCUCUACCUUGGAAGACUGCGGCCAGUUGGCAGCCAGGGGCGGCCGUGCGGAUUGUCAACCUUCAGCCCCACUUACAUCUCAAUGGACAAGUUGCCAGGGUGGUGCGUCAAGAUCCGGAGAAGGGCAAGUGGGUGGUUCGCCUCGAGAAGGAUGCAAAAGAGGGUGGCCAUCUGUGUAUGGCUUUACUUUUUCUCUUUCUGUGGCUCUUUGUGCUGCGGGUCAAACAGCCCCUGAAGGUGAUGCUCAGCGGUGACAAAAUGGAAUUGGCACCGUCAGAUGCAACUUCCACGGCUUCAUCGAGUGGGUCAGAGAUUCUUUCACCUGAGAGAUCCCAUGCCGCUUCCCAGCCUGCGCAGCCAGCCCACCCAAAACCAUCACCUCCAAAGAACCACUUCGAGGAGUGGUGCGCUGCGCAUUUGCAAGGCUUCGGAAAGCAAAAGCAGCUCACCAUUUUGCUGCUAGGACAGACGGGCAGCGGCAAGUCCUCAUUCUUGAACUUGUUGGGCAACUUCCCUACGGUGAUGCAGCAUGGGCAAGAAGCAGUUGCUGGCAAAAUGAGUGACUUUCGAAACUUGGAGUUUGAGAAUGACUUGAAAGACCGCAAAGUCAGCCAGACUUCAGCUGCCACUGUUUACGAAGUGGACAUGGGGCCAUUGAGCCUGAAGAUCGUGGACACUCCUGGUUUUGGUGAUACUAGGGGCCGGGCCUUCGAUGAGAAACACACGAAGCUCAUCGUCGACUGUGUGAAGAAUUUGGGGCAAGUGAAUGCCAUCGCUUUUGUCAUCUCCGGCAGAGAGUCGCGUUUGACUGCUCAACUCAAGUAUGUGCUCAUGGAGGUAUGUGCAAUCCUGCCCAAAGCCGCUAAGAACAAUAUCGUCGCUAUCUUCACAAACACCACCAGCCCAUUGUACUUGAGCUUUGACAUUGAUGCCUUGAACGGCAUGGUUGAGCACCAGGUCAAGCCAGAGAGGCAGAUCUUCAUCGAAAACCCUUACGUCCUGUGGGAGCGAAGCAAGCAGAACAAAGGUAAAGUCGAUGAUGCAGCGCUUCAGAUGGAGUUGGUGAAAGCCUUCAAAGAUGCGGGAGAGAACUUGGCAAAACUAUUUGCUGCCAUGCUAACCAUGCCGAAGAUGAACACAACAGAGUUUGAAAGGUUGUACAACUUGAGACAAGCCAUUGAGUCAAACACCAUGAAGGUCCUGGCUGAGCUGGAGUGCGCACAAGAGGAGCAAAAGAAUUUGGAGCAACAAAAGAGGGAAAUCCAGCGCGCUCAGACAGAGGAAGACAUGAACAGGCACUACAUGAAGCAGUUCCAUGGAAAGAGCUGGGUCUUCAAGGAUUCAGAUGGCCAUGGCACUUUCUGCGGAGUCAAGAACUGCCACUCCAAUUGUCAUGCUCCAUGCAAGAUGGAGAAGACCCCGGACAAUGCCAAGUUCAAGAUGUGCAGUGCUUUCAGGUACACAGAGAAGAAGAUCAGGUUGCGCUCAAAAGCAGACAGAAAAGAUCUUCUCCGCUACAUGGUGGAUGAAAACUCCCCGUUCCAUGCUGACGAAGAUGGCGGCAAUGGAACACAGUAUGAGACGGUCUUGCGUGGUGCAGAGGACUUCCAAUUCCAGGCCCAUCACUUCAUGAAAGGAGCUUUUGUGGAGAUCCCUGGGUCCGGAAGUAGAGUUGGGUGGGCUGCCAAGAGCCACCUGAUGGAGCUUCGUCUUCCAGCUGAGAUCUACAUUGCUGACCAGUCCGACCAGGACACCUGCAAGGUCUGUGGCCAUGAUCGCAAGUAUCACUUUCAUGAUGAAAAAAUAUGGUGUGAGGAAGAGUAUAGUGAAGAGGUCGUCGAUGAGGCAACCAAGCAAAAACAUGAGGCUGCAAAAGACCUGAAAGAGAGGAAGGAGAAGCUCUUGAAAGGAAUUCAGGGCAAGAUCGAGCAGUGCGGAAAGCGGCAGAAGGUGUUGGGAGCAACUUUGCUGUCCAACAUCCGGCAGUUUGAGCAGCAUGGUCUCAGUCGCAACUAUGCCAUGCUGCUGCAGAACCAACGGGACCUGUUCCAACAGCACAUCGAUGCCACCUUGGAGAACGACGACGGUGCAGAUGUUUCACAGUUGAAGAAGGCAAAGGAGGAAGUUGAGAAGGCGCUUCGCGUGGUCCAAGAGAAUUUGCUUCGCAACAAAGGCGCUGACUCACUGGAAUGGGCUUGCAGCAUGCUUGGCGUUUCGCGUGAAGCCACCUUGGACGAAAUCAAACAGAAAUUCAAGGAGGAAGCCAAACGCCAGCAUCCUGACAAGCAAGGCAGUGAUGAGCGCAUGAAGCAGAUCAAUGAAGCCUUUGAGAUCUUGAAGAAGCAGAAGGAGUCAAAGUGGUGGAGGCGCUUCUGAUGAGACUCUGAGACUCUGCUAGACGUGGGCCCCCACAAGCGUGGCCACGGCACCAAUUGCAUGCCGUCGCAAGCAGCAUGUGUAGGCGCUGAGCGGUCAAUUAAAUUCCCAUCAUCAUUUUAAGUUGCCUGACUUGCAGUACAGUAGGUGUGCCCGGGGCACUUGCCACCUACCACCUACGAGCGCUUCAAGUGCAACACACAGAGCUUGCAGAACUCAGCGGAAAACAAAAA